AUGAUGUUGGCUGUAACGAUUUGUGAGCGCUCCUUGAAAGGCGUUAGUAACGACCUUUUAAAACAGGCGCGUUCAGCAUCAGAUCUUCCUGAUACCACCAUAUGUGCUAAAUCUUGUGUUGAUGAUAAUAAUCUGGAUGAAUUGGAAGAAAAAGUUGGUGAACGUCUGCUUUGUGGUGUUGUUCGUGUUGGUGCAUUGGGAAAAAAUGUACUCUUAAGGGGUGAACAUUCAGCAGAACUAGUUUUAAUAUGUUCUAAAUGGCCUACUAAAGAGUUAACAACUUAUGUAUCAACUAGUAUUACAAAAUUAAUGGAGUCACUGGAACCCGGUCUUCAAUAUACUGUCACAGCAGAGCCUACUAUGGGAACAAACGGUGUUAAUGUCUAA